AUGGACGAGGCAACGGCAGGCUUUCAGAAGUUGAGUCUGGGUAGACGGUACGUUGGGUUUGCGGAUGAUUCGGUUGACGAACCAAUCAAGCCGUACCCGACGGACACUCCUCGCUAUCUGUUCCGCGUCUUCUCGGCAAAGUCCGCAGGAGAGAACACAAGUGAGUGGGUGAAGUCAGAGGACGCCAGAGAUGGUCAAUUGACGGACAUCUUUACUCGAGACGAUCAGGAUAAUGUCGCUAUAGCGCUGAACGAACAUCUGCGAUGGAUGAGAUGCAAGUCUCAAGGAGAUCCCUUCAUGUCAUGGACGACUUCGCUGGCUUUUGCGAUUCAAUACGCCAUCUACAAACAGAAGGAGGAGGGUACGCGCUUGCACGAGAUCCAUCUUUGCAUCAUCGACACUACUCAGUACCCAAAGGGAACAUUCAUGCGGGACCUUGACCUCAUAACCGCCUUUCGAGACCGAGACAAUGGUCUUGGCAACUUAUACACCCUGCGGCAUAAGAAUCGCACAGACUUUUCAGGGUACUACUACUUUGGCGAGUACCUUUCACAGGGAGAAGUUCACCUUGAAGGUCGUUCUUGCAUUGUACCAUGUGACAGGGUUAUCAACAAUGACCUGUUUCAACUGAUGCCACGAAUCCAAGCCAACUACCUAUCCAAGAAAUCUGAAUGGGCCAAUCCGGUAGUGGGACUCCGCGAGCCGUUCUACGCGAAUGAUCAACCAGGGACCACCGAACCAGGCGAUCUUGAGGCAGCAGAGAUGAUAUCCUGCAGAUUUGAAGCUCCUUGGCGCCUCCCAAUGUUGAUCAACCUUCUGGCAUUGUGCCCUCGUCGAGCUGAUGAUCCUGUCAUAAUCUCUCACGUGUCAAGGAUAAUUCAUAAUGACAAGACACACCUUGCGUCGCUCAAGGCAACCGUGGUUGCCAACAACAGUAUACCUGAGGUUCAGCUGUUUGGCCAAAUCAUGAGUGCUAUCAAUGAAAGCGAGGAGGUCAAGAAAAUCGAAGACGUCCAGAGGCAGGUCAAGACGCCCGAGGUCGCUACGCAAAGCGUUAAUAAUAACAGCGCCCUCCAACAUGUCAGCCAAGGCCGCCCGGAUGUUACUGCCUCCUCCUCCUCCUCCUCCACCGUUGGGACCCUAUUCUCCGGUGUCAAUAAGUCCACGGUAGGGCAGAUCGACGACACUACGAUCAAGUUCGAUUCCCAGCAGCGGGAUGUGCUGAAGGCUAUCGAGAGGCGGCUAGAUGAAAUACUCGUGUCGAUCAGGGGUAGUGAGAAACAACUUUACGAGCUGUGCAACAGGCUUCGGACCGUUAUGGACAGGCACUCUGUAGACGAUGAUGAGUUGACCGAAAUAAUCGGCAUCGUCAAGGAAAGGUUUAAGGCGGAUAUCUUCUAG